AUGGCCUAUGCUCCGUCUAGAAGGCGGACGGCUCUGGCCUUUGGCGUCAGCAGCCUGAUGGUGUUGGCCUUCUGUGGUCUGCAGCAGUCCUUCGUGGCCCUGAGCCCUGCGGGUGCAGCCAGCCCUCGCUCCGAGGUCCGGCUGCUUGCCGGGGCAGGGCAACAGCAGACGGCUAGAGCUGCGCCACCCAGCGCUUCUGUGGCCAGCUGGGGCAUUCCAGCUGCGCUCGCUCUUGGUGCGGCAGUUGUGUUGGCCUCGCAGAGUCGUGAUGAGUCCUGCACCACGAUGUACGGCAAGCACGACAAGAAGACCUUCAGGGGGAAGCAGCAUGCCCACAGCUUCGGUAAGUACCGCAUGCGCAAGAACAAGGCGCGACGCAUCCAGGCAAUCAAGAACGGAACCUACGACCCCGAGAAUACGCCCCAGAGGGGACAGCCUGAGCCUGAACAUACCUGGGACUACGACAACAUCGUCGACAACCCCAUAUACUAUGCUCCGGACUACCUGAAGGAAGUCAUGGCUGAUUACUGGGAUGACGUGAACGAGGUGAUGCGCAAGAAGUGGAAGGAGUACAUGGGCGUCAAGGGGAACCAGCGGUACUUUAAGAACUGGACUCCGCCUGGAAUGGAGCCACCGCCAGAGGCGGAGCCUCCAGCUCCUUCAGAUCCUCCGACUCCGCCGACUCCCCCUCCCGCUCCGAAGGCCAAGGCUCCCUCCAAGCCGGCUCCUGAGGAGCCGCCUGAGGAACCCGUGACGGAGGAGGAGCCUCAGGCACCGGAGCCGGUGGCAGAGGAGAAGGCUCCUGCGCCGGAGCCACCUGCUGAGAAGGCACCCGAGCCUGAGCCGGAGGCGCCUAAGGAGGAGAAGGCACCUGAGCCAGAACCCGUCAAGGAGGAGAAGGCCGGAGUAAUUGAUGGUGGUGCUGACACGAGGAGAAGGCCGGAGUACUUGAUGACGGUGCUGACACGUGAGUCUUGCUAUGGUGACUUGUCGAUUGCAUUCGACGAUGCACGGGGUAUUGGGAGGAGAAGGCCGGAGUACUUGAUGACGGUGCUGACACGUGAGUCUUGCUAUAGUGACUUGUCGAUCGCAAUCGACGAUGCACGGGGCAUUGGGAGGAGAAGGCCGGAGUACUUGAUGACGGUGCUGACACGUGAGUCUUGCUAUAGUGACUUGUCGAUCGCAAUCGACGAUGCACGGGGCAUUGGGAGGAGAAGGCCGGAGUACUGGAUGACGGUGCUGCCACGUGUUGCAAGUCUGCCGGAGGCUCCCGAGCCGCCAAAGGAGGAGAAGGCACCAAAGGCCGCUUCUCCGAGUGGCAAGGAUGUCAAGGCGCUGCGGGAGAGAUCCCGCGCGGGCAUCCUGGACUGCAAGAAAGCUCUGACCGAGUGCGGCGGAGACAUGGACAAGGCUAUGGAAUGGCUGAAGAAGAAGGGGAUGGCAAAGGCCGACAAGAAAGCUGGCAAUGUUGCAGUGGAGGGUUGCGUGGCCUCGUAUGUCCACUUCAACAACAAGAUCGCUGUCCUGGUAGAGGUGAACAGUGAGACCGAUUUCGUUGCCAGCAACGCGAUCUUCAAGGAGUUCACUGCUGAUGUCGCCAUGCAAAUUGCAGCCAACUCUGAUGUGGCCUAUGUGACCACGGAUGACGUUCCUGCGGCAGAAAUGGAGAAAGAGAAGCAGCUUGAAAUGACCAAGGAGGAUCUGGAAGGCAAGCCGGAUGCCAUCAAGGAGAAGAUUGUGGGAGGCCGCUUGAAGAAGAAGUUCGAGGAGAAGGCUCUGAUGAGCCAGAAAUGGUUGAAGGACGAGGACAUCAGCGUCCAGGAGGCUGUCAAGCAGACCAUUGCAAAACUCGGCGAGAACAUCGUGAUCAGGCGUUUCCAGCGCUUGACUUUGGGCGAGGGCCUGGAGAAGAAGGACGACGACUUUGCCGCAGGAGUGGAGAAGGAGCUUGCCAAGUACAAGAACGCAGGCGGAGAGGCAAAGGAGGAGAAGAAGGAGGAGAAGGAAGAGAAGAAAGAAGAGAAGAAGGAGGAGAAGAAGGAGGAAGAGAAGAAGGAAGACAAGCCGAAGGUUGCAGUCUCCGCAGCGCAGGUGAAGGAGCUGCGCGGCCGGUCUGGUGCAGGAAUCCUCGACGCAAAGAAGGCCUUGACGGAAUGCGAAGGAGACAUGGACAAGGCCAUGGACUGGCUCAAGAAGAAGGGCAUGGCGAAGGCUGACAAGAAGGCUGGGAACCUCUCCGCGGAGGGCGUCAUCGCCUCCUACGUGCACUUCAACUCCAAGCUGGGCGUGCUUGUCGAGGUGAACAGUGAGACCGACUUCGUCGCCAUCAACUCGAUCUUCAAGGAGUUUGCGUCUGACGUUGCCAUGCAAAUCGCAGCCAAUCCAGAUGUGAACUUCAUCUCCGUCGACGAUGUGCCAGCCGACCUGAUGGAAAAGGAGAAGGCUCUGGAGAUGGAGAAAGAGGACCUGGCAGGCAAGCCGGAUGCCAUCAAGGAGAAGAUUGUGUCCGGACGCUUGAGGAAGAAGUUCGAAGAAACCGCCCUGCUGAGCCAGAAGUGGCUCAAGGAUGAGGACAAGACGGUGCAGGAGGUUUUGAAAGAGCGGAUUGCCAAGCUGGGCGAGAAUCUCGUCAUCCGACGCUUCGCUCGCCUGCAGCUGGGAGAAGGCCUCGACAAGAAGGAUGACGACUUUGCCGCAGGUGUGGAGAAGGAGCUCGCAAAGUAUCGGUAG